AUGCAAUCCUCUCAUAUUGUUCUAGCCGCGACUUGCCUAUUUUUCGGCGUGGGCACGUGCUCCAACAGACUGGUGGCAGUCCCUUCGCUGCCAGAAGACAGUGAGCCGGUCUCGAGAGAUUUGCAGUCUUUUUCUCUGGAAUUUGCCUUCUUCCCAGAUUAUGCCGGCAAUAAGUCGUCACCAAAUCUCUUCUCACGAAACUUGUUGCAGAACUUCAAGAAUAUCACAGGGGUCUACCCAAAAGUGCGCGUUGGGGGUACUUCCCAAGACAAUUCGAUCUUCUAUCCAAACCAGGAAGAAGGUGUCCAGCUCAUUUUCACACAUCCGAACGAUGACCAACCCAGUCAGAUACACUAUGGCCCUGCAUUCUUCGAGUCGUAUGAGACUCUCGGGGAUAUUCAAUACAUCCAUGGCCUGAACAUGAAGCAGAACAACUCCAUGCAACAGCUCACAGACGCAGCCGUGGCGGCUUGUCGCUCUAUGGGAUCAAAACUGAACUCAUACGAGCUCGGCAACGAGUUCAACAUGGAAGCUUUCAAGUAUCGUCCUGCGAAUUAUACAUUGCAGAGCUAUAUCGAUGAGUGGAACUCGAAGACGGCAGCCAUCAUGAAUGCUGUCAAGAUGAGCUGCCCUGGUACAAAUCCGGGUUUCAUGGCACCAAGCUGGGUGCUUGCUCCUAUGGUCAAGAGCGAAAAUUGGACAAUCGAGGAACUGUUCAAGAGUGGGUUCGACCCGAGAAAUAUUACAAGGGACAUUUCGUUCCACCAAUAUUUCGGAGUGUUUGCGCCUCCAUUGGCACCAGUCUCAUGGGAUCUUCAGCGAACUUUGAUGAACCACACAAAUGUUGUGGAAAAUGUAGCGCCACACAUCAAACGUGCCCAGGAACUGGCAUACCUGGGUCACCCGUAUGUUCUCGGAGAAACCAAUGCUAUCGCCAAUCAGGGGCGAAACGGUGAGACAAACGUCUUUGGCGAUGCCUUGUGGCUGGUUGACUUCUCUCUUUGGUCUGCCGCAAAUAAUAUCAAACGUCUCCACUUCCACCAGGGUCUCAACUAUCGCUACACCUCAUGGCAGCCCAUUCUUAGCAAGCGUAAUCCACCAAAGACGAGACCACCAUACUAUGGCCAGAUCAUGGUCGCUUCCGCAAUUGGGAAAGGUCACGAUACUCGCAUCGUCAAUAUCCCGCUUCAGGGAGACAGGGAAUCUGCGUAUGCGGUCUUCAAUGGCACACAGCUGUCCAAGCUGGUGGUUAUCAAUCUCCAAGCUUAUAACCAGAGUGCGACCCUAAAUCGUCCGAGCAAAGACUAUCGGUUCAAGCUACCGAGUCACGUCAAGGAAGCAAAGGUUGAGCGUCUCUCUGCGCCCGGUAGCGAUUCAACGGGCAGCGUCACCUUCGGCGGGGUCUCAUAUGACUAUGAUCUAUUGGAGGGAAAUCCGGUGGCGGUUCAUGAAUUGGAAGGACCGGUGCAUGUCGAUCACGAGACAGUUCGGAUUAGUGUCCCUGACUCAUCGGCUGUCCUUUUGACACUGCUUUCAUAG